AUGCACAACUUCAUUAGUUUCCAACACGCCUGCAAGGACUUUCGGUGCACCACUAAGGAAUUUUGCAUCGACACUGAUCUCGUUUGUGAUGGUAUUCGACAUUGCGAGGAUGGUUCCGACGAGGCAGCUUCCACUCUCUGUGCCAAUCCGGAGGCGUCAAUAAUUCUCGGCAUGGAGACAACGUUGUUUGCAGUGGCAAUGGUUUUUGUGAUUUUAAGUAUGGUGGGAAUCGUCGCCGCCGGUGUGUUGUGCUUUUGCAGACAGCGAGCGUCAACACCGGGCCACAUACACAAUAAUGCACACAAUGCACAGAAUCAUCCGCCCGUCAUCUUUCCACAAAAAACCAUUCUCUCAUUCUUGACAGUGAAAGAAGAGACGGAAGAGGAACGGUUGUCUAGGGGCGGAAACAAAAAGAAGAAAAAGGAGGAGGAAGAGGAGAAGGGGAAGGAAUGGAAUAUUUUUAGGAAGAAAAGAAAAGUGGUAGAUGUCUAUCGACUGGGGAACGAUCAGGAACGUUGUGCUAGUAGUGAAUGUGCUUUGGACAUUGUGAGUGCGGAUAGUUGUCAAUAUCGAGUGAGGACUGUUAAUUGUGAUCCGGUUGGAGAAUCUCGAGGAAAUAGUGAAAUAGGAAAAUUUAGAUUAGCUUUAGGUUGCGAAAGAUUAGAAGAUCCGUUAGCAUCAAGUUGUGAAGCAGUAGGACCCCAAUCAGCAUCAAGUUGUGAAGCGUUAGUACCCCAAUCAGCAUUAAGUUGUGAAGCAUUAAAACUUCCAUUAGCAACAAUUUAUGAAGCACUAGAACUUUCAUCAGCAUCAAGUUGUGAAGCAUUAGAACCCCUGUCAGCAUUAAUUUCUGAAGCAUUAGAACCCCAAUCAGCAUUAAUUUGUAAAGCACUAAAACCUCCAUUAGGAUCCAUUUGUCAACCACGAAAAAGUCGAGAAUUAGAAGCAUUAUGUACAACAGUUUGUGGACCAAAAGAAAGUGAAUUACCAGAAGCAUCAUCUGGAUUAAAACAUCAAGUAUUAGAAGCAUCAUGUGCAUCAAGUUGUGAACCACUAGAAGCAUCAUCAUCAUCAUCAAGUUUUUAUUCGGAAGGAAGUCGACUACUAGAAGCUUCAGUUAAAGCACCAGAAAGUCAAGCAUUAGAAGCAUCAUCUGUACCUUGUUGUGAGCCAAAAAAAACUGAAUCACUAGAAGCAUCAUUUGCACUAGAAAGUCAAGUAUUUAAAGCAUCAUCUGCAUCAAGUUUUAAACCAAAAAAAACUGAACCAUUAGAAGCAUCAUCUGUAUUAAAAAGUCAAGCAUUAGGAACAUCAUCUGCAGUAAGUUAUGGACCAGAAGAAAAUGAACCACUAAAAGCAUCAUCUGCACUAAAACAUGAAGCAUUAGAAGCAUCAAGUGCAUCAAGUUGUGAAUCAAAAGAAAGUGAACUAUCAGAAGCAUCAUCUGCAAUAGGAAGUCAGGUAUUUGAAGCAUCAUCUGUAACUUGUUGUGACCGAAAAGGAACUGAACGACUAGACGCAUUAUCUGUAUCUUGUGACCCAAAAGAAACUGAACCACUAGAAGCAUCAUCUGUACCUUGUUCUGACCCAAAAGAAACUGAACCACUAGAAGCAUCAUCUGCACUAGAAAGUCAAGCAUUAGAAGCAUCAUCUGUACUAAGUUAUGGACCAAAAGUUACAACUGUAAUAACUGUACUUGUCCAUACUUAUAAACCAGAAGGAAGUACACAACCAAAUACUACACACGAAACAUGUUAUCAACCACAAAGAAUUACUGAAGUUUUAGAAAUUCACCAAUCAGAAGAAGACGAAAUUCAAGAAGCUCCACUAGAACCAUCAGCAGCAGGAACAAUAUCAACAGUAACAUCACCAGCAGCAGCUAAAACAACACCAGUUUCAGCAGUAGCAGCUACAACAACACAAGUACCAACAUUAGCAGCUAAAACAGCACCAGUAUCAACAUUAGCAGCUAUAUCAACAGCUGUAUCAUCAUUAGCAGCUAUAACAAUACCUGUAUCAUCAGUCUCAACUAUAACAACAUCAGUCUCAACUAUAACAACAUCAGCAUCAACUAUAACAACAUCAGCAUCAACUAUAACAUCAGCAUCAACUAUAACUACACUAGUAUCAACAACAGCAACUAAAACAACAUUAGUAUCAACUAUAGCAACACCAGUAACAACAACAGCAACUAAAACACCACCACUAUCAACAAUAUCAUCAUCAAUAUCCAUAAACCAACUUCAUCAAACACCAGACAAAUCAUCAAAAAUGUCCUGGCACGAGCACCCAUCAUCAAAAAAGUGCAUGCUCCUCACCAUAUCCUUCUUCCUGAUGACAACAACCUUUCUCCACGAUGUUCUAGCCCAAAUACCAGAUCUACAAAACCUGAUCGAAAAGAACGAAUCAACAGGUCGUGACUUCUUCCUCGGACCAUGUCUGGUGAAAACAAACUCAACUUGUCCAGAUCCAGAAAUACAGUUCUUCCUCUACAGCAAAUCGAAUCCCCUUGACCCACAACAAAUCUUCGUCAACUCAACAUCAUCGAACAUACCAUCAACCUUCUUCGAUCCCAAAUAUCCGACUAAAAUCAUAAUCCACGGUUAUAAUUCCGAUAUGCAAUUGAGUGCCCUAGUGGACAUUAGAAACGAGUACCUGAAACGUCCGGAGAACUACAAUAUAAUCGCCGUCGAUUGGGAACGACUGUCAAACGGACCCUGCUAUCCAGUCGCGGUACACAACGUCCCCCACGUUGGCAAUUGUUUGGCCCAACUGAUAAACCGUCUCCGCGACAUUGAGGCCAACAACAUCCACGUGAUUGGCUUCAGUCUAGGUGCCCAUGUGCCGGCAUUUUCCGCAAACUAUCUAAAACCUUACCAAUUAUCCCGAAUCACAGGUUUGGAUCCGGCGAUGCCACUUUUCGUGACCGUGGGCAACGAUGAGAAACUGGACAAAAGCGAUGCUGAGUUCGUCGAUGUUUUUCAUACAAAUGCCUUCGUGCAAGGCAAAAUGGAAGCUGUGGGACACAUUGAUUUCUACAUGAACGGAGGCAUUAAUCAACCCGGUUGUUGGGAGAAGAGAAAUCCGUUUGGCUGCAAUCAUCAUCGAGCAGCGCUCUACUUCGCCGAGUCGGUGAAUACAAAUGUGGGCUUUUGGGGUUGGCCAUGUCCUGGAUUUUUGUCCUAUUUGCUGGGUUUGUGUCCACCGAGAUUCCCGGCCGUCCUCGCUGGCGAUAGAGUGAACAGGACCUAUCGUGGGUUUCAUCUUGUUCGGACGAAAGCGGCGAGUCCGUUUGCUGAGAAAAUUUUUGAUUUCAUUGGUGUUAAGAGUAAGAAGAAAAAAGUGAUUAGCCAAAACGAACCGACCAAGUGAUUUCGAAGGUUUCUUCGUGGACCAGUAAAAAAGUGAGUUGGGGGUUCAAACAAAGAAAAACUUAAUUUGAAUCUUUUUGGAACCUAUAACAUUAAAUAAAGUGUGCAAUGUGUUUUCGAGUGUUUUCAAUGCUUUAAGUGGUUUUUUGGCAUUCAGACAUUAGGGUUAACUGGGGGGUUAACCUUUAGAGGGACAGGGUUGCCACUAUAGUGGCCGAAUCUUUUUAUCGAAUCGACUUCUUAUUUGUAAAUUUUUCUUAAUAAAAAACUACUAAAAUCUGUGUAAAUUUACCGGCCCUCUAAAAGUUAACGAAGGUCUAAACAUCAAUAAUGCUUAAGCACAAUUAACCCCGUACCUCGAGGUUAAAAAUUAACAUUUUUCAAUUUAUUAAAUUAAAUUCUUUUAGGGUGAACAUUAAAAACAGUCAAAAUUAAGUUCACCAUGAAAUUUUCCAGGGUUAAGUUAUGUUAAUACAUAAGUUACGCCCUAAAUAAAUUUAACCCCUUACCUCUAUGUUAAUUUUUACCUUACCUAUGUUAAUUUUUUAACCACGAGGUACGGGGUUAAAUUUAUUUUAACCCCUUACCUCGUGGGUUAGAAGUGUUAAUUUUUAACCCCGGGGUACGGGGUUAAAUUUAUUAUAACUCCUUAUCUUGGGGUUAGAAGUGUUAAUUUUUAACCCCGAGGUACGGGGUUAAAUUUAUUUUAACCCAUUACCUUAGGGGUUAGAAGUGUUAAUUUUUAACCCCGAGGUACGGGGUUAAAUUUAUUUUAACCCCUUACCUUGGGGGUUAGAAGUGUUAAUUUUUAACCCCGAGGUACGGGGUUAAAUUUAUUUUGGAGCGAACUACAAACAAUGGAUAAUAUUUCGUCAAAUAGCGAAUAAUUUUGUACAUGUUUUGCAUAUCUUAAUUUUAAUAAAUUUAAUAUAUUCUAUUAUUAA